CUCAGACUCCUUCCAGCUGUUUGCGCUCAGAGCAACUUUUCAGCGUCUCUCCGUUUAAAAGGGAAAUCUUUAGGAUUCGUGUCCGUUAUUCGCGCUGGUUUCUUUAGAUUCGUCUCAAAAAUCAUCACAAGUUUGUCUUUCUGUCUUUAUUAAAGAGUAAUAAAACUUAACUGUCCGAGUCUGCUCCGCUCACCGCGAGGCUCAUGUGUUGUUUUCGGAGAGGGGUCCGUUUGUCUCAGAGCGUCUAAACAAUAAACGCGGGUUUUGCGCGUCCGCACCUGAUGCGCUCCGAGGUUGCGGUUUGUGGAGGGUGCCGAGUGCCAGCGUCCCUGAUCCCUGCAGGAGCAGCUGAGAGGUCCGGAGGUACUAAAGCAUCAAGACUCAUCCUCUAAUGAUGCGGGGGGAAACGCGCGUGCGUCCGGACGUCGGCUCAUUUUUACGCGUCAGUCAGAUAUUUGGAGUUUAUUAACUUAUUGACACGUUUACGCGUCAUCUGGUAACUAUCAGCGUUCUUCAGAGUUGUUUGUGAUAAUCCUACCUGUUGAAGCGCGAGUGCGUGUGUGUGUGCGCGCGCGUGUAGCUUGACAAAGUGAACCGUCACCUCUCAGUAUGCAGACGCUACUCCAGCGACGUGACCGCGCUCCAGCAGACCUCAGAUUAAUCACCCGCAGUGGAAACUGUUGCUCCGCGCGUAUCGACCUGCUGUCUGCCUUUGAUUCUUAAUUAAAAUACAUAAACAUGUAGGGUGCAUCAAACAAGACCUCUGAAGGAACCACUCGGCAGUGCAGAUUUCACCGAUUGUGAUUUAAUAUUUAAUGCUUUGCUUCAAAAUAUGUCUAAACUAUUCCUUUUGAUUGAGCAGAGAUAAAAGUGUCCACUGGAGUGUAAUUAACAGCCUUUUUUAUGGUAUUGUGAGUCAGUUUGCCUUUCCUCCUCCACCCAAACAGAGCUACGACCAGCUGGAGCCAGUGAAGCAGGCAGGACACGACCACACCUCAUGCUGAGGUCCAAGUGCCUCUGCUCUGACAAACAUGGGUGUUCUCCAGCUCAACAAUCCCUCUCAUCCCAGCACGCUCCUGCAGCGGGCCAACCAGCUGCGUCUUACCGGCACCUUGUGUGAUGUCAUCAUCACGGUGGAUGGCCACGAGUUUCCAGCGCACCGCACCGUCCUGGCCUGCACCAGCAAGAUGUUUGAGAUCUUGUUCCACCGCAGCAGCCUGCGCUACGCCCUGGACUUCUUGUCCCCGAAGACUUUCCAGCAGAUCCUCGAGUACGCCUACACCGCUUCGCUCCAGGCGACAGCUGAGGACCUAGAUGACCUGCUGUACGCCGCGGAGAUACUGGAGAUCGAGUACCUGGAGGAGCAGUGUUUGAAAGUGCUGGAAACCAUUCAGGCGGAGGAGAGCGAGGAGGCGGCGGUGAGGAACCACAGUGACCACGGCCGGGCCAGGCACUGGAGACACAUGUUGAUGUCCAAGAAGCAUUCCAUACAGGGUGGAAGCAACUGCGCCACUCCCACUGACCUACACCACCUGGCACUGUACCACAUGACAGAGAGGAGCUCUCCGGGUCCAGAGCCUGAUGCGGCUCCUGAACUGAGCCCCAAGCUGGGCAUUGAGGUCAACAUGGAGAGUUCCGAGCAGGCUCAGCGUCACGGCAAAGAUGUAUCCCAGGACUCAUCCCUGGAUGUGGUCAGAAGCAUCAAAUCAGAGCACAUGCAGGUGGACGACGCUAGCAGCUGUGAGGGCAGAUCCUCCAGCGCUGGGGAGGGAAGCUGCAUGUCUGACCAGCCCAGAGACGAGGGCCCAGGGACGCCCCUGAGAGGCAGCGUGAUCACCAGUGCUCGCGAGCUUCACACGAGCCCCGAAGACGGAGGGCAAGUGGCGGCAAACGCUCUGGAAAUUUUUCCCGGGAUCACCGACAAACACCUGGCCUCCAUCUAUUCCAUGGGCUCCAACCACACAGCGGAGGGGCUGCCAGUCACCAUUUCAAAGGCCCCGUCGCUGGUCAUGCCGCUGGAUCCCAGGGCCUACGGAGGUCUGCUGCACCAGGGGCUGCGCCACAGGGAGCUCCUGAGCAGACUGGGCCAGUUUGCAGCAGGGAUGAGACACGAGGGCCACGCUAAGAGCCAGCAGUGCUGUGGAGAAUGUGGCCUUCAGCUGCACAGCAGGCAGGCUAUAGAGCAGCACAGGAGGCUGCACAACGAGGAAAAGGGCAACAGCUGCGAAUACUGUGGCAAACACUUCCAGGACAGCAUGAGGCUCAGGAUGCACACGCUGUCUCACACAGCUCCUGCAGAGGCUCUGGUGUGCGAUCAGUGUGGAGCAACGUUCUCCUCUGAGGAUGCUCUGGAAGCCCACAGGCAAACACACACAGGGACUGACAUGGCGGUGUUCUGUCUGCUGUGUGCAAAGCGCUUCCAGACCCAGAAGGCCCUGCAGCAGCACAUGGAGGUCCAUGCGGGGAUGCACAGCUACAUCUGCAGCCACUGUGAGCGCCCCUUCCCCAGCCACACCACCCUCAAAAGACACUUGCGCUCGCACACGGGCGAUCACCCGUUUGAGUGUGAAUUCUGCGGGAGCUGCUUCAGAGACGACGGCACGCUGAGGGGCCAUAAACGCAUCCACACGGGGGAGAAGCCUUACGAGUGCAACGGCUGUGGCAAGAGGUUCAGCCUGAAACACCAACUGGAGACGCAUUAUCGUGUUCACACAGGUGAGAAGCCGUUUGAGUGUAAGCUGUGCCACCAACGGUCUCGAGACUACUCAGCCAUGAUCAAGCACCUGCGCACACACAACGGAGCUUCUCCGUACCAGUGCACCAUCUGCCAGGACUUCUGCCCCAGCCUGGCUGCCAUGCAGAAGCACAUGAAGGGCCACAAACCCGAGGAGGUGCCGGCCGACUGGAGGAUAGAAAAAACCUACUUGUAUGUCUGUUACGUCUGAGCGGGACUUGGACCCCAGGCGCGGUCUGACACAACAUUGUCACUACUGGGUGGAAACCUGUGUUGCUGGUUUUAAUGCUGAUGGAUUGUGCGUUCCUGUUGAGGUGUUAGAAAUUUUUUUUACUGUUUUUUUAUUUUUAUUUUUAUUGCAUCAUCUCUCCUGGACAGAGAGAAAUGCAAAGGUGUUUACACAACUAAUGAUCGGUUUCACCAUCGAUCGAUUUGUUUUCCUCCUGAAUCUUUUAGACGCAACUUGACACAGUGAGACAAAAUUUAAGUCAAUCUAACAGGAUCAAGUCAAGAGAUUCAAGUUUUUUUUAGUCAAUAGUUUCAAACUUUUAUUUGAUCAACGACCUUUGGCAGAUUCCUGAUGAUUUCAUUAUUCUAGCCCUCCUGCACACAACCUUCCUGUCUAUCUCACUCAGAGUUCAUUACUGUAUCAGUGAAGGAUCCGCUGUGGUGAAAAUCAAUAUCACGAUGACUCCGUGUAGCAGGCGCAUUCUGAAUGGCGGCUACGAUUGUGUAGCCGAUGGUAGAAUAAUUCCACCAAGGCUCGAUUAGCUGACAUUUGCAACGCUAUUCUCCUGAAUUUCUGUGACUUUGUUUUGUUUUUUAUUGUUUUUGGAGUUUUGUGUAUUUCGUGCAUGUUUUACUUGAAAGGCUGACCUCGUGAGCUCUUUAACUGCCUCGUCUCUCAUGCAGUCGGUGUUUAUUGACUCAAAGUGGCUCACUCGCAAUCUGAGCUGCUUUUGUAAUAGGUUUUGCUAUUUAUGUUGUUUAUUUGUUACCAAAUAUGUGCUGGUUCUCACCCCACAGCCUGUGUCUCUUGGGACGUUUUCUGGUAGAGCGAGCUCCGUCUCCCCCUUCCACAUUUUUCAUAGUCUGUUUGAAAGUCACUGAAAACUAUUCCCCCAUCAGUAGGUUUACUUUGGUAAUGUCUCAAUAUCUGUGAUCAAACUGUGUGUGUGUGUGUGUGUGUGUGUAGGGGGGGUACAAGCCUCUACAGGGCUUUUAAGUGUAGUUUAUUUUUUUAUCAUUGCCCAUAUAUAGAUGUCUUACAAAAAUCACAGAGUCAAAAUUUUCUAGUGGAAAAAGAAAGGUGUAAAAAGUUUUUUUAUAAAACGUGACGAGAAAAUUCUGAUGUCUGAUUGGUACGAGCAGGUUGUUGUCAGUCGUAGUGUAGCUGUAACGUACAAACUGUCAUGGUGUCCACGUGUGAGCCUCAAACGGGCCUUAUAGAGUCGUUGUAUUUUUGUAUUACAGUAAUUUGCUGUUUACAUUUGAUAUGAUUUGACAAACAUCCUAGUGUGUGUGUGUGUGUGUGUGUGUGUGUGUGUGUGUGUGUGUGUGUGUGUGUGUGUGUUUUAUAAGAGUUGAUUAAGACCCCUCCCUUGUGCCUCUUUCGUAGGUAGAGCAUUGAUGUGCUUGAGUACACGGGUCUGUGCUGUUGGUCGGUGUUUCUGGGCGUUUGUUUGUUGUUGAUUAAAGAGACUGCCAUGUAGAUCCACUUUGUCUCAACAUUGCAACUGGAAGCAACAUGCUGUGAUAGUGGCUGAUAAUCUGAUGCAAGUCCAAAGCAAUUUUGAUGGAAAAUGCUCGUCUGAAAUUGUUCCCUUCAAAGUGACAAUGGACUGACAUCUCUGGGUGUAUGGCGCAUCGUGGCAUCUGUGGGCAUCACCCAUGCCUUCGUAAGCAGCCAACAACACUCAGCGCCAUGGAAAACACACAUUCAUUGUAUCUAUUAUGCGUGAACAUGCACUAAAAAUGGAUUUCCUCGGUGGACCAAAAGAAAUGGAGCACUUUUGUUUGCAAAGGUUUUUUUUUCUUUGAUCUGUGAAUGUUGUGAUAAUGCAGCUGUCUUUUAUUUGAUGUGUCCUAGAAGGAUGUGAUUAGCAUUGUUUAGAUUAUGUCACUGUCUGUCUACCUCAGGACCAGAUCAAAGCUUGACCUGGCAUCCAAUCAGGGUUGUUCUUCUUGCCAUGUGUGCAGUAAAAUCCCCUCUUCAUUACAGCUUUGUAACACUGUGUGUGGAAGUGUUUCUCGGUGUGGAUUCAGGCACAACUCUGUAUGCGUCAGUGUUCAGUGGCAUGGUUAAAAAAAGGAAUAAAAUAAUUUACUAUUUUAUGCA